AUGGCAGAAGUUGCAUCAUUUGUAGUUAGUCACAGGAUUGUAGUUUGUAAUGCUGAGCAGCGUUACGUUGUUUGGCAUGCUUUGGGGCAUGGGCCUCACUCAGCCAGCCCAAAGAGGAAAAAUUCUUAGUUACGGUUGUUUCAGUAUUAUAGAAAAAAAUAACACUCUUGAGCAAUGUCCAAAAAUUAUCGUUAAAAAUAUCGCUUGCCUCUUUGCAUACACAGAAAUGUAAUCUACAUCUGCAGAUGUAACGUGUUAUCAGAAUAGCAGACGGUUCGGGCUUUUAUUUAAGUACUUUUUGUCUGGAAUAACUCGGCAGUAAUUGUUUUGGAGCCUUCCGGAAAAUAAACUAUGUUCCGGUGCUGAGGAUGGGAGGUAACAGUUCCAAGUCAAAGGGCCUGUGGCCUUUUGCUGGUUCGGGUGCAGGUUCUGAUCCAGCCAGCGAAGGGAAUGAACAGUCUCUGGCAAGGCUGCGUGGAUCGCGGAGUGCCACACCGUUCGUAUUUACGCGGAGGAGCUCGUUGUACUACGAUGAAGAUGGUGACCUGGCCCAUGAAUUCUAUGAAGAGAUGGUAGUAACUAAGAAUGGUCGGAAAAGGGCCAAGCUGAAGAGGAUUCAGAAGAAUCUGAUACCUCAGGGAAUUGUGAAGCUCGAUCACCCCCGGAUUCACGUGGAUUACCCAGUUAUCCUCUGUGAAGUGUGAAGGACAGAUGCCACAACAGGCAAAGGCCAGCACUCAGAUAAUUUCGUCCAAGUCUUCUACACGAAGCCCUACCGACCUCCAGUGUCCCAUACUGGAUUUUCAUUCUUUCGAGUGGCGUUUCUUUGGAAUGUGUUAACAGCGCCCACUUGUGGACAGCUUGGCCCGUGUGCAGGUUGAGUGGCUACUGCCACCAAGCUUUGUGAAAAAUGUUUGACUACAUCCUUUGUGGACGUGCAUUGCCAGCUGAUUGGUUGAAGUUAUUUUUCCAUCUCUUUGUUACGGAGGUGAUAAGUUAGCAGUCCAACACUUGCGUAGACUCUCGUGGUAUGGGUAUUCGUAAUCCCCAUUUUGUUCUUUGCAUCGAUAAAAGUGAUGAAAGCCUCACUGCAGUACUUCUCAGUUUCUUACUAGACCCGUGUAUUUGAAAUGUCUACUACUAAUGAUGUUACAAAGGCAAACAUAGUACAUAUUGCUUGGCGGUAACAAAACUUGAAUAUGUUAUCCAUUUAGUGUGUUAAUUUGAAACUUCCCUAGUUUUUAAACAAUGAAUCCUUGGAGUUUUGAGAUUUGGGAAGGUGUCCUGUAACACUUCCUGAAAACGGAGGUGUGUUGUUUACCAAUGUUAUUUAUCUAGGUGGUUUGGGGGAAUAAGCGGCACAUAGCUGCGAGCUAUGGCAUGGAAGAUUUUUUUAUGUCUAUUAAAGAUGUAUAGCUAUGGAGUUAUGAAAUUAUAUUGUCAUAUAAUUUAUGGUCUUUUGCUCAUUCUGCACUACAGCCCAGUAGAAAACAAUUGUAGUUAUCUAGAUGCAGGUCAUUGAGACUGGGCACCUUAAAUUGAAUACUGUUAGUUCAUUAGUUAGCAUGAAGGACAGGUGAAUGACAAAGUAUCAUGUUUAAAAUCAACACGGGAAAAUUUGUGUUUUGUCUGCACUGUUUCCACCAGUAGAUGACCUGAUUAGACUGAAUUAUGCAAACCUUGAUAUCUCCAUUUUAUAUGUUUUGUUCUGGAAGUCGCUUUACGUAUCGCUCAUCAUUCAGAUUUCCGCUUGCAGAUCGGUCAGAUGGCAGAUUAAAUAAGCUGUCGUGUUGUUUCCUUAAGACAUAUUUGCCUGUUUAUAUGACGGAGCGUAUCACUGAUGCAGUUCAGCUGAAGUGUCUUCGUUUCAGGUGCAGGACCCUUAUGGGACUUAGCUUGUGACCCUGUGAUCCAUUGCUGUUACCAACAGCUUCAUCAGUGGAUCCUUGCUGUGAAACUGCAAAUAACCAACGUUCCAGCUAUUUCUGGUAAUGAGAUAUUGGUACAUUUAUACGAGUGGAUGUGCUUUGGGAAGGAGCUUUGUUGUGAAUGAGGAUGAAUUAAAGCAGCUGUCGUUUCUGCUGUUUGUGUGUCUUGCAGGGCGGACAGAACUCCCUAACCUUCCGCAGCCUGCUUGUCUCUCUGACUACCUUGUAUGUCCUAUCAGUUUGGUCUUUGUCCUCACACCCAGGCUUCAUCCGUUUUGGGAGGAUGCACCACAUAGAACAAAGCUAGCUGCAAAAAGAGGUUGAUUUGAAUGGGUCUGCGGUUUCCUUCUACCUUGGAAGGGAAGGUUUUUACAGAGAAACCAAGGAUCGCUUUUUGAGUUACACUCAAAAAAUAAAAUGAUAAAUGUGCAGUAAAAAAGCUCAGUGUUCCCUCUCAUGCUGGGAUAGGUGUACAGUCUGUGGAUCAGACUCUGUUGUAGGGCAGGCAGGCUAACAGGUUGCUCACUAUUUAAAGAAAUAUUGUAUAAGUACACCAAAUGGUUUAAAGGGACAGAUUCAAUAUUUGCAGUUAUAUCUAUACUAAUCUGUGAAUGUGCUUAAUUCUGAUCUUUAGCCUACAGGCACAGCAGUGCCUCUUUGCAUGGUUUGCAUAGCACCUGGAUUAUUUUAAUGCCUUUUAGCUCUACAUUCAUCACAAAGCAGAGUACGUCAGGCAAAAUGCGGGUUGUUGUUAAAGCCAAACUGUUAAAUACUUCAGGUUUAGAUGUCGUUUAUUCUUUUUGGUCUCUGUUCACCAGUUAAAUUGUUUUUCAAAGUAAUGCUUUCGAAAUUGUAAUUGUUUAGUAGCAUUAGAAUGUUGACACUGGCUGAGAAGGAAGCCUGUGAUAGAGGGAAAUCGCUUCACCACUUGGCUGCUUUGUCAUUAUGUGAUCGUUUGAGACGGUAGCCAUGACAUCCGUAUGUCUACAUGGAGGUCCUUUUGUGUUGGGAGACAUUAAGCGACAAUGUGGGAGAUUUUUUUCUCAGAGAGGGUGUUUUUUCACUCCUACUUAAACAUCCUAUUAGAAGACAUGGUGUGAAGCAGGGCUGCCCAAUCCUGCUCCUGGAGAGCUGCCAGUCUGCAGAGCUUAGGUACAGCCCUGAUUUAACACAGCUGACACAGGUAAUCAGGCCCUUCAGUUAUAUCUCAGUAUGAGAACCAACUUAACUUAGCUGACUCUAAUACUGAGGUCAUGCUGAAGGGCCUGAUUAUCUGCAUCAGGGUGGUAGCUCUCCAGGAGCAGGAUUGGGCAGCCCUGCUGUAAAGUUUGUUCCCACCUUGUACAUCUGUUUUUGUUCCUUUGUUGCCAGUCAGAAGUUGUGGUUCAACCAAACUAAAACAUUCAGAUGGUGUGGGUAGCCUUAAAGUUUAUUAAGAUCACAGGUUCCUACUGCUGUUUUUCAUGCUUGAGUUGGCGUGAUUUCCUGUAAGGUGCCCUGGUCAGUAUAGUGGGAGAUGUGAGGCUCGUUGGUUUACAUUCUGUCGCCAGCAGAUUUCUCUCUGUUGUGUCUAAAGUUGGAAAACAGAUCUUAGUAGCAUGGUAUUGGAUGUAUAUGUAUGCAAGUGUUAUUAAAAGCUAAUUGAAUUGCCGAAUUAUGCAAUACUAAUGGGAUUUUUUUUUUGCUGAGUGAAAAGGGAUGAAGUGAACUUUGUGUGCUGGUUUGUAGGACUUGCCAAAAAUCAUUGAUCAUAAAACGUUUCUUCUACAAAUACCUGCAUUCGGUUGUUACAAUUGAAGUCUUGUUGUUUGUUCAGCUGCAUUUCUGUGCAUUUUUUUUUGUUGGUUUCCCUUAUUCUGAUGCGGAUGGCUUCACACAUUUUGUCCUGGUGAUUUCGGUAUCUGCAGUUUCUUCUUUUCAGAUCCAAAGUUCAAGAACAAGACUUGGCAAAUUCUAUUCAGCAUAGCAAGGGACACUAAAUACAGCCUGUGUAAAAUGCUGUAAAAUCAUGUCAUGAUAAAUGUUAGCAGAUGGCCUUGGGUAAUUAUACUGUGAUUUCAUUUACCAGUUUCCUUCUUUUCAUAGAGGGGCCCACUGCUCACAGUAUGUGAGAGCAGUUAGCACAUUUAUGUAUGACCUGCUUGGCCACUGUGAUAUUAGUGCUUAUGUUAGCCUGGGUGGUUUUUUACUGAAGUGGGCAUUGGAAGGGUGGCUUGUGAGUUGUUCAUUGUGAAAAGGAAGAAAAUGCACAUUUUGCUACGUUGUAUUCAACAUCUUCUCUUUUUGGUUAUGGGAAUAAGCAAACUAUCAUUAACAUUUGCAUAACUAUAAACGAUGAGUAUUGUGGUGUAUGCAAUAGGGUGAGAAUCUGCAGCCUUUCUCAUUGAAAAGUUGCUUAAACCAAUCUGACCUGCCCUCUCCGCUGACGUUCCUUACCCAAGAACGUUGGAGACUUAUUUUACAUGAUAAUGUUGGACAAAUAUUAUGCAAGAUCUUGACUUGAACUGGAAAAACAACACAGCAAUCCCUCGAUUUACGCUAAUUUGGUUUGUUUUGUUUUUUUUUGUUUCAUGAAUUUCAAAUUAUGGACCAAUAUCAUCAACAUAACAUUUUUCAGCCAAAGAAUAUACUAAAAAUGGUACAAGCAGUACGUUUUUUUUUUCCCCAAUGUGAUGGUUCCAGGCGAACUUUGUGUGUAGAAAAAAAACCAUGUAUUACCCAUCAGUUUCCUUGGCACUACAGUUUCCAGCCAAAGAAUAUCAAAUGUAAUAAAUUUGUUGUUGGUGAAACACAUCGCAUGUGGAUGCAUGUACAGUACAGGAUGAAAAUGUUUACAGUCAUUCAGUCUUUGUUCUGCACUUGCAUUGUCUAAUGUUUUAUUGUGCUUCUAUGUUCAGCCUUAAUUUCUAAUUGCUUUUUAUUGUGAUAUUUGGGGAUAAUUGGGUGCUUUGGGGUUGGGAAACAAUUUUUCCAAUUGAAAAUAACGGAGAUUGGUUUUAAAUGUACUUUUAUUGCAAUUUUACAUAUGUUGUACAAAUUAAUGUAAAUCGAGGUAACGCUGUGAAGGAUCCGCUUAGUGUUUUCAUCAAGAAGAGUUUGUUGCAAUGUUCCCUUGAGGAAAUACAAAGUUCAUUUUUGGUUUUUGGAUUUAUGGUGUAGAGGGUGUUCUUGUGAAUUUCACCUCUUUAAGGUCUCUGACAUAAUGAACUCUAAUCAAACUACAGCAUGUUUGUCAUUCGGGUUAGAAUAAAUUCAUACCCCAGAUGUGGAUGGGAAUUUAGACAUGCAGUUUAGACAGUACCAAGUAAGCAAAUUCUUGUCAUCCUGUUGUAUGGAUACACACCAUAUGAAUGCAUACAUCAAAGUAAAAGUAUGUAUAUACACUGUGUAUGUACUGCCAGUUUUGCACAGGUAGGGAUGAUAUCAAGACAUUUAAGUAGGCAUUUUUUUAAGUGAUAAAUAUAUUUUUAAUUUUGUUUGUUGUCAUUUUAAAAUAAAUUCAAAUUAAAUGCUUCCAUAUA